AUGGGGGCACGGUGGGCUCGUGGCUGCGGCAGGGAAGCCGCCGAGGGAGGAAAGGGACAGACCGGGCAGGGUCCGGGGGUGCCGGGGCCGGGCCCGUCCCGCGGGGCUCCGGCGCUGCCCCCGCCGGCGGCGCCAGGACCCGACACGGCCCCGCGGGCAGGGGGCCUGCUGCCCCCGCCGCCCGUAUGCCAGCCGCCGCCCGCCCUGCUCCUGCCCGGCGUGCCCGCGCUCGCCGCCGCCGGAGCCAAGGGGGAUGCGGACCCCGCCCGAGGGGGCAUCUUCCUGCCGCAGCUGCUGCUGGGCGGCCCGCUAUGCCCGCCGCCCCCGGCGCCGCCCGCCCUGCCGGGGAUGCUGGCGGCCCCCAAGCCGGGCGCCCCGGGGCUGCUGAGCCCCACGCAGAGCGCGGCGGGCGGCGGCUUCGCUCUGGAGGCGCAGCGGCAGAGAACCAAGCAUAUAUCUGGGUCUCCAAGACACAAAAGCUUGAAGAAGAUGCACUUCAUCAAGAACAUGAGGCAGUAUGACACCAAGAACAGCAGGAUAGUGUUGAUCUGUGCUAAACGAACCCUGUGUGUGGCGUUUUCUAUCCUACCUUACGGGGAGGGGCUGCGGAUCAGUGAUCUGAAAAUGGAGGGACAGAAACAGCGACAUCCUUCUGGGGGAGUUUCAGUAUCUACUGAGAUGGUGCUUGGACUCGAAGGAGUAGAGCUGGGUGCUGAUGGCAAGGUUGUGUCCUAUGCAAAAUUCUUGUACCCAACCAACGCUCUGGUUGUUCGCAAAGCCGACGCCUACGGUGCUGCUCCCGCCUGUCGAGCCAGUGCUCCCCGGAGUCUUCCUGGAUCAAGAUACAAACCUGUGACAGCAAAAACGAUACCAGCAGGUGCAGACAUUGGAAGUGAAGCUGGAGAAGCUGCAGAGUAUGAUCCAAAUCUUCUGGAUGAUCCUCAGUGGCCCUGUGGAAAACAUAAACGUGUUCUCAUCUUUGCCUCCUACAUGACUACAGUCAUAGAGUAUGUGAAACCCUCAGACCUUAAAAAGGAUAUGAAUGAAACCUUUAGAGAGAAGUUUCCUCAUAUCAAGUUGACACUGAGCAAAAUUAGGAGUUUAAAGAGAGAGAUGAGAAACCUGAGUGAGGAGUGCAGUCUGGAGCCCGUGACUGUCUCCAUGGCUUACGUUUACUUUGAGAAGCUCGUCCUCCAAGGCAAACUCAACAAACAGAACCGCAAACUGUGCGCUGGUGCUUGUGUUCUGCUCGCAGCCAAGAUCAGCAGUGACCUCAGGAAACAUGAAGUGAAACACCUAAUAGAUAAACUAGAAGAGAGAUUCAGAUUCAACAGAAGGGAUCUCAUCGGUUUCGAAUUCACCGUCCUCGUGGCUUUGGAACUGGCUCUGUAUCUCCCUGAAAACCAAGUUUUACCUCAUUACAGACGGCUCACACAACAGUCUUAACCAAAGCUCCAUCCCAGCUGGCAUCCAGCUGUGCUGGGAUCCCACCCCAGGAUGCUGCCUGUGGAGGUGCCACUGGCUCCAGCUCGUUGGGAAGGCUGCAGGGUGAUGGGAACUGUCGAGGUCUGUGGACACAGAUGCCAAAUCUGGGGGAUGGUACGAGAAGAGUUAUUGAACUUUUGUUUUCUUUUGGACAUUUAAAGCACAAAUAUUCACCAGUCAGCUGUCAUGGCUGCUUAUUAUUCCUUAUUUAUCUUCCUGGUUUUACUAAAACUGUUCUUCCCUAUGAAGAAUACUAUGGUAUUGGUUCUUUUGUUUUGUUUUAAGCCUUUAUUGUAUUCCUUGAAACUGAAGGAACAUCACUUCCAUUCCAGUGCACCAUAAAGUUCAGAUGUUUCUAAGAACCUUCUCACAUUUUUACAUUAAUGAAAUGCAUACUUUAUUUUUUUAAAGAUGUGCCUAAAACUGGCUGGUCUGGUACCAGUGCUUUUUAAGUUAGUUCUGUUAUUUAGUGGGGAAUCCUGAAUUUGUAUAGCCAUUUAUUCUUUACCUGCAUUGGCCUUGCAUACAAGGAAAACAAUUCCAGUAUAUCUGCACUAAUAAUAUACAGGGCAUCUAUUCUAUGAUCUAUAAGUAGCAAGAUUGAAAUUACUCCAUUUCAAUGUAUUUACUAUAAAUAACUUUAAAAUAUACAUUUUGCUUUAGAAGGAAAAUUGGUUUGAAAACGUGUCAUGAAGUACCACACAUUGAGUGAGGUAGCUGGGAAGUGAUUGCCGUCCUAAUUCACUCUUGAGUGGAAGAUGAGCACUUGACUAAGAGCAAUUUGCUGUCAAAUGUACAAUUUAGGGGUUUUAUUUGUUUCUCUGUUCUGUAGCCUGAAAUAAGCACCUUUUUUAGGAUCGACUGUAUUAUAGAUGGUGUUAUCUGAGCAAAUAUGAAGCCAGUAGAGUUACUGCUGCCAACCGAGGCCAAUGAAACAAAGCAUGCUCAGUAUUUAAAAUGCUACUUUUUUUACUCUCUGUUCUUCCAAGCGUUGCAUCACUGUGAUGGUCCUCAUAAAACUGGCAUUUCUUGCACAUCUGAGCAGCCACUACUGGCUGGUGCCCAGCAGCUCUCUAGUGCAUACACAGAGCUCAAAUAACUUCUCUUCCUGUUGGCUUAUUCCUUCCUUUAUUUUUACAGUAUCCAGGUUGGGAAUGAAUUCUUGAUUAUACCUGGAACCUUCUGUGGUAUUGGCUCAUGGGUUUAUUUUCUGAAGCAAUAUUAUGAUACAAGUUACUGGGUCCCUUUGCAAGGAACAAAACUGAUACUUGGUUAUUCCAGCUGAGAAAGUUGUUAUUUAAGUUUGACUCAUAAACUGCCAGACGUCGUGCUGAGGUCAGGGACUUGCUAUCCAAUAUGUAAGUAAUGUAAAUUCCUGUUCCUUGUAUUAAAUAUUGGUUGUAGCCAAAACCAAAGCUGAAUCCUUGCUCUUCAGCUGUGUUUUGUCUGAAGCUAAUUUGGCUUCAUUAGAAUUGCAGCAAACUUUACUGGAGCCCCUUCCUCUCAGAGUGGGGCUCAAAGUGUAUUUUUCAUAUGUAAUAAUUACAGCGACUAUCAAACUUUUGUAACUGUGUUCAGCUGUAUGUAGCUUCAAAUUAUUUGUGUGAAAUUUAAUAUGCUUGUGAUUUCUCUAACACAGAAGGACUUUCCAGUCUCCAGAAGUGAGAUGUAGCUAAUAGUUUAGACAAUAAGCUUGCCAAAUAUCUUCCAAAAGGUUUAAAAAAAAUUGCCUACUACUUAAACUUUCUACUGAAUAUAACUGUCCUUGCAUGCAGAAAUAGUGACAUUCUAAACAUCUAGUGUGUAAUGAGCCUCCAAUUAGCAAACAGUGGUGCAGACAGCUGAGGUGGUCCACCACUUCCCAAGGCAUUGUGGAGGGGCCAGAGGUAUAACAGAGCAAAGAAAUUUCUCACAGAACAGCUUGAGUAGUAUGAAUGAAAUCUGAACGUGUCUUUCUCUGGGAACUUCUUUAUUUAGUGUAUAAAGAGUUUUCUGUAACAAAAUUAACCUUCCUUUCUCACCAUCCAAGGGAACAAAACGCACUUUGGUUUGCAACACUUUGUAUUCAGUGGAAGUUUGUCUAGUUCAGGUGGCCACUUGGGCUGUAAUUACACUCCCAGAAUCCGUGGGUUUCCGUCAUAAAACCGGCAAGCUUUUGUUUCCUUCCAGGAGAACAAACUGGGAUAGAGGAGCAUUAAAUUACAGAAAGCUGAAUGUUGUCUGAUAGUUACUGUAGCUCUUGGCUUGGGCACACACUCGAGUUAGGAAGCCAGGGGUGAUGCAGGGCAGUGCCAGCCUUGUGUGGCAGAGCUUGGGCUUGGGGUGAUGCUGCCAGAGCCCGGGGCUUGUGCAGGAACACGUGUGUGUCAGGGACAGCCAGGAGCCCUUCUGCAGGGACAGCCAGCCCAGCCCUCCUGCAGGGACAGCCAGGAGCCAUUCUGCAGGGACAGCCAGGAGCCCUUCUGCGGGGACAGCCAGCCCAGCCCUCCUGCAGGGACAGCCAGCCCUCCUGCAGGGACAGCCAGCCCUUCUGCGGGGAUAGCCAGGAGCCCUCCUGCAGGGACAGCCAGCCCUCCUGCAGGGACAGCCAGGAGCCCUUCCGCAGGGAUAGCCAGUCCAGCCCUCCUGCGGGGACAGCCAGGAGCCAUUCUGCAGGGACAGCCAGGAGCCCUCCUGCAGGGACAGCCAGGAGCCCUCCUGCAGGGACAGCCAGCCCUUCUGCAGGGGAUAGCCAGCCCUUCUGCGGGGACAGCCAGCCCUCCUGCAGGGAUAGCCAGGAGCCCUUCUGCGGGGACAGCCAGCCCUUCCGCAGGGAUCCUCCCGCAGUUCCCCCUGCUCUCCCUGCCGGGUUUGCCCUUCCCAGAGCGCAGCUCGCACUCCUGUGCGGGAAUCUCUCUCUUUUCACCUAAAAGCUGCCACCAUGUGGCAAAGCACUCUCAGUACCUUGUGUGUUCAAACUCAGCGCGGGACCCGGAGCCAGAGCCAGACCUGUUCACGUUUGCACAGCCAAACUCCUCUUGCCCUGAAGAGAAGCAGGUUUACACCAAAGGGAGGUCUGGUGCUAUGUGAAGGUGCUGCUGGGGUGGCUCAGCACGGAGAACUCUCUUGAGAAGAGCCUGUACAUUUCCCUGUAAACAAAAACUCUUCUAGUUUUGUUAUAUUCCAUUAUUUAAAAGUCUCAGUUGUAGCCUGUUUUGGUUUGGUUUUUUGUUUGUUUUUUUUUUCUUCUGUGAAAUUAAGAUGCUGUGAAAUAAAACCUGUUUUGGUACAUGGU